GCCGUGUCGUGUCCUCUCGUCUCGUCUCGUCUCGUCUGCAGUAGCAGUCUCCGCAUCCGCUCCCUCCUCCUCCUCCGUCGAUUUGGAUUCGCAGCGGCGGCGGCGGCCAAUCAAAGCAAUCAUCACCCAGUCGCCCAGCCCAACAGACGCUCCAGUCCCCAGCCCUCCCACCCGCAUCGAUCGAUGCGAGGCACAAUGCCGGCCACCGACUCCUCCUCCUCGUCGUCGCCGGCGGCGGCGCCGCUGUCCUCCAUCGGCCGCUCCAUCCGCUCGCUCCGCCGUGACCAGAACCAGAUCCACUCCUUCCCGCCGCCGCCAGACGCCACAGACGCCUUCCAGCGCCGCGCCGCCCAACUCCUGGCCGACCUCCCGGCAGCCGACGACGUCCUCUCCCUCGCCUGGACGCGCCGCCUCCUCGAAUCCUUCCUCCUCUGCCUCGAGGAGUUCCGCGCCCUGCUCUUCGGCUCCGGGGACUCGCCCGCCGCGCGGCCCCCGCUCGACCGCCUCGUCGCCGACUUCUCCGACCGCGCCGUCAAGGCGCUCGACCUCUGCAACGCCGUCCGCGACGGCCUCGACCUCGUCCGCCAGUGGCGCAAGCACCUCGCCAUCGCCGCAGCCGUCCUCGCCUCGUCCUCUGAUUCCUCCUCGCCGCUCGGGGAGGCCCAGAUCCGCCGCGCCCGCAAGGCGCUCACCGACCUCACCAUCCUCAUGCUCGACGACAGGGACGGCGGGGGCGUCGUCGGCCAGCGCAACCGAUCCUUCGGCCGCGCCAACGAGAAGCCCCCUCGCCACCACCGCCGGAGCAGCAGCGGCGGGAGCUCCGGCUCCGGCUCCGGCUCCCACCUCAGGUCCCUCUCCUGGAGCGUGUCCCGGGCCUGGUCUGCCGCGCGCCAGCUGCAGGCCAUCGGGGGAGGACUCCCCGUGCCCCGCCCGCACGACAACGCUGCCACGGGAGGCCUCGCCUCCGCCGUCUACACCAUGGGCGCCGUCCUCUUCAUCGUCGCCUUCGCGCUCGUCGCCGCAAUCCCGUGCCAGGACCGCGGCCUCCACGCGCAUUUCUCCGUCAUCAGGAACCUCCCCUGCUCGGCCCCCAUCACAACGCUCUACGAGCGCAUCCUCGACGAGUCCAAGAAGAAGGACCGCAAGAACUCGUGCGGCCUGCUCAAGGAGAUCCACCAGAUUGAGCUCUGCUCCAGGCACCUCAUGGAGAUCACUGACGCCGCCGACUUCCCGUUGCGCGAGGACAAGGACGCCGUCUUGCGGGAGGCCGCGCAGGACCUAGUGCACCUGUGCGAAUCCAUCAAGGAAGGGCUCGACCCGCUCGAGCGCCAGGUCAGAGAGAUGUUCCACAGGAUUGUGCGCACCCGCACAGAAAUCCUUGACUGCUUGAGUAAGCCACAUGGCACCGGGUGAUGGGAUACAGGAGAUUGCCAGCCCGUUUGCUUGCUGUGAUGCCCCUUAACCAAACAUUCUUGUGAAAUGCAGCAGCGGUGUUCAGAUGAGGUAGCCUUUUCUCUGCAUAAGUUAGCAACUACUGCAUCAUACAAAUGCGUCUUCAUAGAGGCUUGUCCUUCUGUUUUAUAUAAAUUGGUUUGUUUAUUAUUUUUAUUUCAUUUUCUCAUCUGUGUAGAUUGUGAAUCCAUACUUGGCAGUGCUUCGUAGUAAUGGUCUAAUACUAUUUGUUCCAUUCUUU